GCUGCUUCUGCAAAGUGCAAAAUCUCUAACAAUGGCGGCGCUGCUUGGGCACAUUCUGAAGACACAAAAUCACUCUUCAUUCAUUCGCAGUGUUACCAGAAGAACCAUUGACACUAUCUUCUUCUCUUCAUUGCAUGAACCAACGUUCAAAAUCACUCCUUUGUCUCAAGUGAGGUUACUAGGAUCUUGCACAGAAGGUGUUUGUGGAUUUGACGAGAUGGUGACGGGGAAGGAGAGAAAGUAUUACAUGCUUGGUGGGAAAGGGGGUGUGGGAAAAACAAGCUGUGCUGCCUCCCUUGCAGUGAGAUUUGCAAAUCAUGGGCACCCCACUAUGGUGGUUUCAACUGACCCUGCUCACUCCUUAAGCGACUCUUUUGCUCAGGAUUUGACAGGUGGUAGGCUUGUUCCGGUUGAAGGAGUGGAGUCACCAUUAUAUGCUCUCGAGAUAAACCCUGAGAAAUCUAUGGAAGAGUUCCGAGCAGCUAGUCAAAAACUGGGUGAUGGCAUGGGUGUAAAGUCUUUAAUGCAAAGCAUGGGACUUGGAAUGAUUGCUGACCAGUUAGGGGAUUUGAAGCUGGAAGAGCUCCUGAGCACUCCUCCACCUGGAACAGAUGAAAUUGUUGCAAUUUCUAAGGUGAUGCAAUUUCUUGAGUCACAAGAGUAUAAUAUGUUCAGUCGAAUAGUUUUUGAUACAGCACCAACAGGUCAUACACUUCGGCUACUGUCACUGCCCGACUUCAUGGAUGGAUCUGUAGGCAAACUAAUGAAGUUGAAGAAAAAAAUGGGUUCGGCCUUCAAAUCUUUGCUUGGGAAAGAACCUCAAAAUGAUGGUCCGGACAAGCUUGAAAAACUUAAGGAAAGAGUAGAAAAAAUACGGGAUCUCUUCCAAGAUUCAGACACUACUGAAUUCAUAAUAGUCACGAUUCCUACGGUUAUGGCAAUCAGUGAAUCCUCAAGGUUACAUGCAUCCUUGAAGAAGGAAAAAAUUUCUGUUAAAAGGCUUAUUGUUAAUCAGGUCUUGCCUCCUACAUCAGACUGCAAGUUUUGUUCAAUGAGAAGAAAGGAUCAAAUGCGCGCAAUUGAAAUGAUCCACAAUGAUUCAGAACUUGGUGGUUUGAGAUUAUGCCAGGCACCCUUAGUUGAUAUGGAGAUAAGGGGUGUCCCGGCUCUCAAAUACAUGGGGGAUAAGCUUUGGAGGUAAAAACUUACAUGAUCGAAAAUAGAUACGAGUCGAGGACUUUUAGAAUGUCUUUAGCAACUUCUCUAGAAUUAUUUUUGCUUUAUUUAAAGAAUCUAAUAGGUUCUUUCGAAUGCUUAAUGUUUGUAUAACUUUGUUUUGGCUCCUUUAACUACGUGCCGAUGUAUUGUUUACAGAACUAGCAAUUCAUGCGAGCAUUUAUUGAAGGAAUUGAAAGAAUACAUAAAUCUACAAAUUGGUUUAU